CUAUCUGGAGGACAGAAGCAAAGAAUAGCCAUUGCAAGGGCUAUUCUAAAGGACCCAAGAAUUCUUUUGCUCGACGAAGCUACAAGUGCACUGGAUGCAGAGUCAGACCGCAUAGUACAAGAUGCUUUGGAUAGAGUGAUGGUGAAUAGAACAACUGUUGUCGUUGCGCACCGCCUUACCACGAUCAAAGGAGCAGACAUGAUAGCUGUGGUCAAGAACGGCGUGAUUGCUGAGAAAGGUAGCCAUGAAGUUCUAAUGAAGAUCACCGAUGGUUCUUAUGCUUCUUUGGUGGCACUCCGUUCAAGCUCAACAUAA